AUGGCCCCUAACCCAACAUCUUCACACAAGUGGCCUCUAGUCAAGCUACCACACCCGUUUCUGACUACGUAUCGGGUGCGCACUGUUGGGGGAACAAAGCCAUCUAGACUCAUCUUAUCACAGGAGAGCCAGCCCGCGGAAGGACGACCAUUGCCAAAACCAUUACAUAGCGACUCGCUCUCAUGGGUAGAACUGUCGUUCAAACCGAAGGACCAGGUUCCGCCCAUCUCCAACAACAGCGCGUGGGCACGAGCAGUUCGGAGUCCUCAGACAACAUUCGAGUGGACGGGAAGCAGUCCGCCCUCCCUUGGUCAGAUUUGGAAUGUUGUUCACGCGAUAUAUCUCGCCCAUCCCACCUAUGAGUACUUCAGACUUAGUCUGUCUGGCGCAGGAAAGGAUGUCAUUCGCCACGAGUUACUUUCCACAGGCCUAGGCAUCGAACAUCCGAAGCCAUGGCGCCCCAAGGACGAUAUGAAUGCCCAGUCUGACGAGCUGUUGAUCCUUCGAAGCUCGUUCUGGCAAGGAGCAGCUUCUCCAAUGGGACCUCGUCCAAUCUGGGUGGUGGGAGACGGCACGGAUGGUCCUUCACGCGAGUCUGUGGCCCAGUAUCCCAUCAUGCCUGAGAACUAUCACUUCACCAUGAAGUUCCCCGGGGAGCCCAUUUACACGCGUCAUCCGAUCCGUCGCCCCAAGCCACAUCCAGGAUCAAUCGCUUACAGUCGCUACAUACCCGAGCUAGACGAGCACUUUUCCCUCGAAGUGGUCGACUGGCGAGAUCCGGAGCACCUGAGACUCUUCAACAGAUGGCAGAACGACCCUCGUGUUGCGGCGGGUUGGAAUGAAACAGGGACUGUGGAGCAGCAUCGUGAAUACCUGCGCAAACUGUGGGUUGACCCGCACGUUCUUUGCUUAUUCGGACGCUUCAACAACACCCGCUUCGCUUAUUUCGAGCUGUAUUGGGCAAAGGAAGAUCACUAUGGCGCCCAUUACGACGCCGGCGACUACGACCGUGGCCGCCACUCACUCGUGGGCGACGCAUCGUUCCGCGGCUCCCAUCGCGUCAACGCGUGGUAUUCCAGCUGCAUCCACUACGUCUUUCUGGACGACCCGCGCACCGCCAACGCCGUGGGCGAGCCCAAGGCCACGGGUGCGACGAUCCUGUCCUACGAGAACUCCCAAGGUCUCGUCAUCGGCAAGUACGUCGACCUGGGCCACAAGCGAUCGGUGCAUUCGAUCGCGAGCCGAGAAAAAUGGUUUCAGUUGUGUCCGCUCUUCUGGGACGGGCGAGAGAAGCCGUUGGAAUCUGCAGACCGGGCAGCAUGGAACGCGAAGCUGUAG